AUGGACCUCAUCGGCAACACGCCCCUCGUCGACAUCACGUCCGUGUGCAAGCCCAAGCACCCGGACACGGUCGUGCUCGGCAAGGUCGAGUUCUUCAACCCGGGCUACUCCAUGAAGGACCGCAUCAUGGCGAACAUCUUCAACAAGGCCGAGGAGGAGGGCAAGCUCCGGCCGGGCAUGACCGUCGUCGCCGCUUCCUCCGGCAACACGGGCUGCUCCGUGGCGAUGAUGUGCGCGAUCCGCGGCUACAAGGCCGUGGUCAUCACCAACGACAAGUGCUCCGAGGAGAAGAAGGCGGCCAUCCGCGCCUACGGCGCCGACCUGCUCAUCUCGCCGCCGGGCGCGUGCUACAUGCAGAUGGAGACGGACCUCGCGGACGAGAACCCCGACUGGUUCUCCGUGGACCAGUACAACAACCUCGACAACCCCAACGGCCACUACCGGUCCACGGGGCCCGAGAUCUACGAGCAGACCGACGGCGAGGUGACCCAUUUCGUGGCCGCGGGGUCCACGGGCGGCACGAUCAGCGGCAUCGGCACGUACCUCAAGGAGAAGAAGGGCGACGACGUCACCAUCGUCCUCGCGGACCCAACGGGCUCCGUCUUCAAGAACUACUUCAAGACGGGCACGCUCUGCGCGCCCAAGCCUUUUCUCGUGGAGGGCGUCGGCAAGAACAACAUCCCCGGGGCCAUGGACUUCGCCGUCGUCGACGCGCUCGUCGAGGUCGGCGACAAGGACGCGCUCAAGAUGUGCGCGAAGAUCGCCCGGUCGACGGGCCUCUGCGUCGGCGGGUCGUCGGGCCUCAACGUCGAGGCCUGCGCGCGCCUCGCGGAGCAGUCCGACGAGCCCCUGACGAUCGUGACGAUGCUCUGCGACUCGGGCGUCAAGUACCUCUCGAAGAUCUUCAACGAGGACUGGCUCGCGGAGAACGACAUCUCCAUCGACUAA